GCCGGCUUCUUUUUUGCGCUCCGGUUGUUUGGUGCCCAGGCAAUGAUGGGACGAGGAUUUUCGAGUACCUGCAACCUGUUAAGAUAAAUUGUCUUUUCUGGUUCAUUUAAACGAGAGUGUUUACCGGAAAUCGCCCUGGUGUCUCAUGCAUGUUUGCAGUGUGAUGGACACCAUACAUUUGCUGUGGCUGUUGCUUUGUGUGAGUCCCUUGGUGGUGUCUGGGGUCGGCGUUCAAGAUGAUGACAAUGAAGUGUACAGGUGGUCCAAGCAAAGUGUCCCGGUGGUACUGGAUCGACACACAGAGAUUUUGGACACCCCGAACUUCUGGUCGCAGGAAGAGGAUGAUAAGAGAGAAGGAACAUGGAGACUAUGUGGGAUAGAGUGCCAAAGCACCCUACCUCCCCUGGACCAGACCGAGCAAGAGAAGAUACUAGGAUAUGAGACGAUGUAUGCAAAUGGCACAUGCACACAAACAAAGAUCACAUUGCUUGGCUUCAACAAGACAUCUCCACGUGCACUUGUCAACACAUCAACACAAACACGCAAGAAAAGGCAGGUUUAUGGGGAAGAUGGGCGCUUUGUGAUCUCUGACUCGCGGUUCACCACCAACUACCCAUUCUCUACUGCAGUCCGCCUCUCCACAGGGUGCUCUGGGAUCCUUGUAUCCCCAAAGCAUGUGCUAACCGCAGCCCACUGCGUCCAUGAUGGGAAGGACUAUCUGGAAGGCAUGAGAAGGCUUAAAGUUGGGGUGUUACAGCUCAAGUCUAAAAGAGGAAAAGGAAGAAGGCGGAUGGGAGGGCGGAGGAGAGGAGGGAGGGGAAGAGAGGGGGAGACACGAGAUGAGAAAAUACAAGAGGGGACUUUAGAGGAAGGAGAGGAGUGGAAUAGCAUAGAUGGAAAGCUGGUGAGAGGCCGACAGGGGGGUGGAGUUGGGAGGCGGAGAGGGAGAGGGAGGAAAGGAGAUGUGGAGGGAACAGGUGCUCAGGGAGGCAUAGAGGGACAAGAGAUUAGAAGAAGAGGCAACCCGAAAAGACGAAUGCGACGCAGUGCAGAACUCAAAAAGUGGCCCGUGUUUCGAUGGACACAGGUCAAACAAACUCGCAUCCCCAAUGGCUGGAUCCACGCCAAGAACUCGCCUAAAUCUGUUGCACCUGACUAUGAUUAUGCCCUUCUGGAGCUGAAACAAGCUGUCAAACAAAAGCACAUGAAGCUUGGGGUGGCUCCCUCUGCCAAGGCCCUGACACGGAUCCACUUCUCAGGUUAUGACACUGAAAAGGUCUUGCUGGAUGGUCUUAGGGAUGAGAAAAUAGUCUAUCGGUUUUGUUCUGUGGCAAAGGAGUCUGACGAUCUCAUGUACCAACACUGUGAUGCGGAGCAGGGUGCGGCUGGUGCAGGUGUCUACAUUCGCCUAAGAGAGGAUGUUGGCACUGCAGGCCAGAAAGGGAAGUGGCAACGGAAAGUGAUUGGUGUGUAUUCAGGGCAUCAGUGGGUGGAGGUGGAAGGAGGUGAACAGAGGGACUUUAAUGUGGCAAUGAGGAUCACUCCGUCCAAAUAUGCCCAGAUCUGUCACUGGAUCCAUGGAGAUCCCAGUCUGUGUAAAGAGGUUUGAGAUGGGGAAGUAAAUGGUCUACAAGAGAUCUGAGGAAGAUAUGGACUCAUCUUUCCAAAGAACUGAACUGCUGAUCUAAGACCAGCAUACCACUCCAGUGACAGUGUGGUUAGUCAGGCUUUAGCAGCAAAGAAGUGAUCUAAGUUCAGUACAUCAGUACUAGGCUUGUUAAAGGUACAAUCAGUAAGAUUUUUUUGUCUAGUUACCACAAUCAACAACCAAUAGGGACUCCAACCAGUCUCCUUGAGUGACAGUGGCCCACAAAUGACACAACUAAUGCUAAUAACAUAUCAUAAUUUCACAAGCUAGCUAAUGCAGAGGUCCCUCAGAGAUGUCAAGUGAAAAGGUAAAUUACAGAAAUUUUAGCACCUGGCAAAGCUAUCAUUAUGCAACCUCCCCCGAAUACAUAAAGGUCUUUUUUUCUUCUUCUGCUAUCAUGACAGUCAAAAUGUUACCGAUUAUACCUUGAUACACAGACACACUGUUUAUUUAUCCCAACAGAGAGACUGGUUGAAAUCACAACUUGUAAACAACUUUUGCAGUCUAGAUCAAAGUUCCUUGUUGCAUAUGUGCAACUGAACUAAAAAGUUAAGAUGGUGAGGAAGUGCAAUGUUUGUUUUGGAAGAUUAGAGUAUCAAAACAUGUUUCACCAUAUAUUAACUUCACUGUCAUCAUCCAAGUUUGAAACUUCUCCAGCGUGAGUUUGUUUUCUUUUUAAGGUAGUCUUUUUUUUUACAACUUUAGACAGUUUUAAUUUUUCCUAAGUGCUUUAGUGUUUAGAUUGAAAGACAAAAGUCUAGGUGUUUUGUGUCAGUUUACUUUGUGUAAACAGCUUGCUUUCUUUGCGAAACCACUAUGCUAAUAGCAUACAAAGGUUUAAUUUGGUGCUAGCCUUUUGAGCUCUAAUGGUGCUAUGUCACUUGAUUUUUAAGGAUAUGUAUGAGAGAAGGUUUUGUUUGUCUGAGUCUGCAUCUGCAUGAAAUGUAUAGAUAUGUCAUUUGUUCCCAAUCUCUUCUGGUGGUUUAAGCCUUGAAAACAUCAGUUUGCUAAUAUUGAAUCCUGAAUCCUGAUGCCUUGCAUUGCAAUUUUGUAUACAUUAUGGAUUGAUUAUUGAUAUUUGUUUAAUGUCAAAAUCAAACUCAUGAGUGCUAUUUUCUUGUCCAUAAAGACCUGCCCAUUGAAAUCAAAUAAAUAAGAAUUUUCAAGGGGUUACUGAGGCUAAAGAUCCAAAAUCUAAUCUACGAGCAGAUGAAACCAGGAGAGAUAAGUGAUGAGGCGUGAGGGUCGUUUGGAUCAGUGUAUUUGCAUUUUAUUGCAUCUUAUUUAGACUCACAUGCACAUAGGGGUAGU